AUAAUUAUUAUAAUUAUUCGAUGUUCCGGGAUGUUCCGGAAUGUUCCAUGUUCCUGGUUUUAUCGACGACCCCAAUGUGAGCCUGGUCGCAGGCUGAGAGCCCGUUCACAGGCUAUGCAACUAUUUUGCAUAGAUUAAAUGUCCCUACGGUUCGGGACAUUUGCGCAUUUGCCGCUCGGGGGCGCGGGCCUCUCAUGUGAAAAGUCUGAAAAGGUCGAGGAUGCUCGUUGUUCCUCUUAGGUGUACAAAUCAAGGAUUCUUGUCUCACUUAGGGUGUUCAUGACGAAACGCCACUAUUUUCAGCUGUCAAGUAUCUUUUUGGGUAACUGUUUUGCGUGUUGUAUAUCUUAUGCCAUUGUUUGGCUUUGUUCAGCAAGACCAUGGUUUUGAUCCUCCAUGCGGGUCUCAUCAGUUGCCGGUAUUUGAUUUCAAUCAGGAGAUUGCAUAGCAAUCUAUAGGGUUUUAGUUGUGGUGCAGAUUAUGCAAAUGAUAUGCUAAUGAUGUCCUUUCAUCAUCUGUAAACUUUUUGGAAUAAUUCUGCUGAUCAGUAGAUAAAGCUCUUGAAAUCACUGUAUUAGUCAAUAUUGCAGGCACGUGUAUCGUUUUGCAUUUCUAGGCCAAAGUCUAUGUGCUUGCAUUUGUUGCACUAAAAAUGGAAACUUGUUUUGUUUGCUUUCUGGAUAUGGUGAAAUAACGCCGGCUGAUUUGGGUAAUGGGACGGUUCAAGUGCCCUGAAAUAGACUGAAUAUGGUUAAUUGGAGGCUGGUUAACUUUGGCCACAGGUUGUGUCUGAAAGCCAUGUAUAUAAGUUUGUCUGAAUUUGAUGUGCGUGCGUGAAUUUGCUGCUCAAGUGGUGCUUUGGAUAAAGCUUUUUCCACUCCUUGAGAUCAGCUUCUAAAAAUGUCGUGGCCUGUUGAACAGAUUUUCAGAUAUUUUGACCGCGCUCCCCCGAACACUGAUAAUUACACGAGCACAACCAUUCCGAUUUAAGCGUGCGUGUUGUUUUCCUUUGCUUUUCCAGUCAGGGAUCGGUCCUUUUGUCAGUACUGUUAAUGAAUUUUGUUCAAGUUGCUUAAGCUCCAAUUUAAUGUUCAGGCUAUAUUUUUUUGGAUAAAGCCAAUUGAAAGGCUGGCCGGACGGCUGAAAAGGGUAAAUUUAAUGCCCAAUAUAUUGGUUAGAGAGGACAAACCUUCUUUAGGGGCUACACUGAAGCUAAGUAGAUAUGGAGAAAACGGUUACAAAAUGUUAAUGAUACUGAAGGAAAUAUGUGACAUGAUUGGUUGACAAAAAUAGAGAAAAAUGAAACGUGUACUAAAGCUGAUACAUUAAAAAAAAAUAGAUUAACUUUUGAGAGGAACGAGUUCUGUGUUGUCCAUAGAAUGGGCAGGAAGGGUAAAGUGAUCUGAAAAGGCGGUGGGUUGACCAAUGUGUCGUUGUGUGAUGGCUUUUUCGAUUGCUCGUCUGUAUUCACCAAAUCUGUCGCUGAGAUUUUUCUUACUGAACUUAAAGCAACUGACAUGAACUGAAUCGAACUGCGGUUAACAACUGAAUAAUGCAUAUUCAAACCCACGCAGCUUAAUCAUUCGUGGCGGUUUUGACAAAAAAAAUAAAAAUAAAAUAAAUAUACCUAAAAUGCUUUGUGCAAGCCCAGGCUAAUAUUAUACAAAUUAUGCCGGAAUGGCACGUAUUCUGGUGUUACAAUAGUUUAGCCGCAAUUUAUUCUUCGACAAUUGAAUAUAUAAUUAGCUGUGCCGUGUUUUCAGUGUUUUACACGAUAAGCAGUUCUUGUCCAGCGUACAGUCGAUCCCAAUCAAAAUACAAGCGGAACGCUACAUGUGCGAUCACGUGACCUCAAAAUUGUGGCCAUCCGCACUAUCUUCUGAGAAACGUCUCUAAACGUCGACAGAAUCUUCCGAAACUCAGCUGCGAAACAGAUCUCGUAUAUCCGUACCCAAGUGGAUUGUUCAUUCGCGUCAAGGAUCGUAAUUAACUGAGUCUGAAUUUACUUUUCGUUUUAGGCUUGAGAGAGGUUCUCAACGGCAGUUAAAAUUAUAUUUCAUAGAAGGGAUCGCAUCAAGACAAGUAACGUGAAUCAUGUCCCCGAAGAAGUUACAUCUUAGCAUCGAUCUGGUCGAAGCUGCCCUUGAACACCGUCAGUUCUUACAGCUCGUUGACGCCUAUCCAAGCCUGUAUGCUGGACCACACGUUCAGAACGCAGUCAGGAGAUAUGAACUGCUCUGGUUGCCACUGCUUGCUCAGUCGUCCGUCACUGAGGACAUCGCAGCACCUCUCGAUAUUGCUUGGGUGUGGCAUGUACACAUGUUGUCGCCCACCAGCUACGAAAAAGACUGCAAUGAAGUUGUCUCAACUCUGGUGGAUCAUAAGAUCCUGGUCGGAAAGAAACUUACAAGAGGACUUGAAAGAGCGAGGAAUUUAUGGAAAGCGGCGUACCCUAGUGAACCUUUUGAAGUUGACCUGACGGCCUCUGUUGGUCAUGUGCCUGAUUUUGAGUCGCGAAUUGAGUAUGACAUCACAGCGGCCUGCGGUCGUCAGAGGGUAUUUUACUACCAGGUCUCUUUACCUCAUUAUGGAGACAAGAAGUUCUUGAAAAGAGCAUUGGAGCGAUAUAAACAGCACCUCGUCCUCAAACAACAAAACCCAGAUCUGUUCUUUGUACCAUGCUACGACUUUGACCUCAUUUGGCAUGCGCAUCAGGUACAUCCGCUGAUAUACCAGAAGGACACCACUAAAAUCCUAGGAAAGGUGCUCAAUCACGAUGAUUCUGUGAACGACCGACAGCCUGGCUCAAAGCUAUCAAGGUCUUAUGAAACAACGCGACGGAAAUGGAAAGAAGCUGGCCAGGGAUUGGCUUUGCGUGGCGCCAUGUUCCGUGGGGAGCCUCCGCUCUCGACUAGUAUCCAGGCUGAACUGGUGGACUACACUAAACUGGCAGCACUUCAGUACACCGUGAAGCUGACUCGUCUAGAAGUUGAAGGCCUCCCAAAAGCUACAUCGUACAAAGUCAAAAUUGAUGUAGUAAAUGGCGAACGAGUUCUUAAGACCCGGGUUCGUGGACCAGCUGUCAGUUUGUCCAAUUCUACCAAUGUGUUAUCAACUUUCAAGUUUAACACAAAGGAAAGCAACAGCCUUAGGGUAAGGGAUCUAAAUAAUAAGUUAAGAACCAACAAAACUCCAAAUUUGAAAGAUAUGCCUGUCAAUAUACGGUUAUAAUGGAGUACAAUGACUCGUCGUACUAAGCUGUUCCCAGGUAGCCUCAAAUAACUGUAGAUAAAUUAGUAGUUUUUCCUGAUUAUCGAAAAGUUAUCAACUUAACAAGUAGAUAUCAUGUUGCCGUACGUCUGUGCAUUAUCAAAUUUUAUAUAAUAUCCCAAGUUAUUCUCGCGUUUUGAUUGGUUCUCGCCUAUGAUCU